UUAGAAUUUAUUUUUAGGUAAUAUUUAUUUGGUGGUGAUGGGUUUAGUUUGUUGUGGCCAAUUAAGUGAGUAAUGGUUUAAAACAAUUAAAAAUUAAUGCUAAUUUCAGAGCGAAAAGGUGUCGGUAAAGCGAGAUUGUCAUUUUGGAACGGCAGAUGGAUUUCACAAAGCUUAAAUCCAAUUACUACUUCCUCGAUGAUAAAGCGUACACGGAAGAUGAUCUACUCGUCUACAAUGUCACGGCGUACCAACUGCAUGGCAAAGUAACCGAGGUGGAACUUUUGAAAUACUUUACACAAUUCGGUGACGUACUCAAGGUAUUUUUGAUGCGCGAUAAACAUGCAACCGGAACUACAGAACCGCCAAUUGGCGUAGUGCACUUCGCACAUCCAAUAGCGGCCGCGAAGGCACUCCAGCGGUCCUGCCAUGAAUUGCAAAAGAAGCGCUUCUUUGUCAAUGCCUGCGAGAGUUGGGAGCAACCUGAGGCAUAUAAAGGUGGUGUCGAUUUUAACGCGCGCAUUGCUGCGCUCAAUCUAAACGGUGACUUGAUUGAUUUCUACACUCCCAUACGCACCAAUAUCUUGCAAUUGAAUGACGAAUGCUUGGAAGUGAUUUGCCUGUAUUUACCAUUGCGAGACCAAAUACGUUUUUCGCGUGUAUGUCGACGCUUUCGUGAUAUUUUCAAGCAUACCUGCAAGUGUGCACCUAAAGUUUUCAACAUGAAUCAACUGAUUGGCAUGACUUUGUGGGAUAUACGCGAAUUCUUUGAAAUGGCUGGCGCUAAUAUAGAAGAGCUGAUUGGUUCGGUGCCUUAUAACUAUCAAGAACGCAUUGAUUUCAUUAGCGAAAUGAGUCCAAAAGUGCGACGCGUGAACCUCAAUUGCAACAACGUAGAGUCCGCCAGUUUGUUGCGGUUGUUGGAGCGUUUUCAUGCCGUCACUUAUGUUGAAUUGCACAACUUCUCGCUGAACGACAACGCUGUGCUUGCCUUAAGAAAACUGCCCAAUUUGCGUGCAUUGGUGCUGGACCAAAGUUUCGAGUUAACGGGAAAAAAUCUAAAUAAAUUAUACCAAUUGCACGAGUUAAGCCUGUAUGGAUGCGAAAAUGUGCAGACGAGUCACUUCAGCGACAUAUGCAAAUGUCUAUUCAAUUUACGUAGCUUGGAUAUACGCCAUUGUAAGAUGCUUACCUCGCGCGCCUACAACGAAAUGGUACGACACUGCCGUCAAUUGGAGCAGUUGAAAAUCUCCUGCGAAAAGGAGGUGAACUACGAUUGUGUAGCGCAACUGCAUUCGCUGCGCCGACUCGCCGUGCAUUCGUUCGGCGCAGUACGUGAAACACUAUUCAUUGCGCUGUCGGCACAUAAAGCGCAGCAGCUGGAGCAACUCGAGAUAUCGGCAAGAAAUUGCAUAACACACGAACGUGCCAUCUACCUAUCAAGGCUGCAACAGUUACGCAACCUAAGCUGCCCAAAUAAUGACAAUCUAACGGAUGAAUGUCUCUUCGAAUUCGCCGAACGUUUGACGCUGCUGGAAGAGUUGGACAUAAAAAAUUGUCGUGCAAUUACAAAUAUCGGACUUUUAGUGUUGUUGCGCCGUUGCCCGCACCUCAAACGAGUCAAUGUCGAGCAAUGUGAGGGUGUGACAGAUGAUUUCUUAUACGAUGCCUGCGAUGUGCUGAGGCAGCGCAGACGUGAAUGUGAGCAACCGGUGAUCUUUCAUUUGGCGGGCACUAGUGUGCGUGAAUUCGUAGCGAAAGAAGUAUCAAAUCUUGAGGUGGGCUGUUUGCUAAGUUUUUCCUUCGCCGAAGUGAGUUCCUAGUUGACAAGUGACAGAUUGGCAUGAAUCGUAGAUUUUGACCAAAGAUCAGCAAAGCAAAAUGUGUGAAAAAUAGCGUAAAAAGACAAAUACAAAUAUCGCGAUAUUCAUGGAGAAGCAUUUAAAAGACAUUUUAAAUAAUAUUUUAAUUAAUAAUACAAACUAUGUAAUUAAAAAAAGAAGCACAACGCACAUACGAACAGCGAAUCAUGCAUUCAUAUUCACGAUUAUGUUAACACUGGCGCACAAUUUGUAUUGUAAAACUUUUUUGCUGUGCAAUGGGUGUGAUUCAGUACUGAAAUGCGGAAACGUGUAGCCGUUUUGCGGAUAUUGCAGCAUUAUUUUGUUUGUUAAAAAAAAAAAAAACACUGCAAAAUUUACUCAAAAUUAUGGCAAAUGGUGGCUGAAAUUUGUUAAGCAAAAUUUUAAUUCAACUAAAUGAUAUCAAUACUAUUUAUGCUAUUUUAGCUAUUUAUUGUCGAAAUUUAAAUAAUAUUACGAAAGUAUGUUAAAUCUUUAAAUUAUAUUUCUAAUAAUAAUUAUACAUUUCAUUGUGA